GAAAGGAGGCGGUGAAGGAGGAGUCGGGGCUGCCGCUGCCAGCCCCGGGCAUCGGAGUCCUCCCCGCUGCCGCGCCGAGUAGCCACGGGCGCGAUCGGGGCCAGAAGUCGGCUGCUCCAUGAUCACUCUGGGAGCCGGGAGGAGACUUUGCCCGGCCGUGCGAGCGGCUCUGCGUUUCCCAGGCCAGGCGGCGGCGGAGCAGCGGCGACAGCCGGGUCCCGGUCGGAGCGGCCACAGCCCGGGGCGUGUGCGUCCCGCGUGGAGCAGUCUCGGGUUCCCCACGGAAUGUCCCCGGGGCGCCCGGCGCGCUGACCCCCCGGCCGCCUCCGCCUUCGGCGCCCGCUGCCUCUCGCGGACCGGCUCGCUGUUCGGGACUGCAGGCUCCCCGGCUCCAGGGCAGGGGGGAAGCCCCCGGGGGCGGGUGUCCUCAGCGGGCCACGACCCAGCCCUCCCCCGUGCGUAUCUCGCUUAAGAUGGCAGCGGAGUCAGGGGAACUAAUCGGGGCUUGCGAGUUCAUGAAAGAUCGGUUAUAUUUUGCUACUUUAAGGAAUAGACCAAAAAGCACAGUAAAUAUCCACUAUUUCUCCAUCGAUGAGGAGCUGGUCUAUGAAAAUUUCUAUGCAGAUUUCGGACCUCUGAACUUGGCAAUGGUGUACAGAUACUGCUGUAAACUAAACAAGAAACUAAAACCAAAGACAAUUUUCAAGAAUAUCCCUUUCCUGGGAAAGUUGGAGUCAUACAGUUUAUCAAGAAAGAAGAUAGUGCACUACACCUGUUUCGAUCAACGGAAAAGAGCGAAUGCAGCGUUUUUGAUAGGUGCUUACGCCGUCAUCUAUUUGAAGAAGACACCAGAAGAAGCCUACCGAGCUCUCCUGUCUGGCUCCAACCCCCCCUACCUUCCAUUCAGGGACGCUUCCUUCGGAAACUGCACGUACAACCUCACCAUCCUCGACUGCCUGCAGGGAAUCAGGAAGGGAUUACAACAUGGAUUUUUCGACUUUGAGACGUUCGAUGUGGAUGAAUAUGAACACUAUGAGCGAGUGGAAAACGGUGACUUCAACUGGAUUGUCCCGGGAAAAUUUUUAGCAUUUAGCGGACCACAUCCACAAAGCAAAAUCGAAAAUGGGUACCCUCUCCACGCCCCCGAAGCCUACUUCCCUUACUUCAAAAAGCACAAUGUGACAGCCAUCGUGAGGCUGAACAAGAAGAUUUACGAGGCCAAGCGCUUCACGGACGCCGGCUUCGAGCACUACGACCUCUUCUUCAUCGACGGCAGCACGCCCAGCGACAACAUCGUGCGGAGGUUCCUGAACAUCUGCGAGAACACGGAAGGGGCGAUCGCUGUUCACUGCAAAGCCGGUCUCGGGAGAACGGGCACCUUGAUAGCCUGCUACGUCAUGAAGCAUUACAGGUUCACGCACGCCGAGAUAAUCUCCUGGAUCCGAAUCUGCCGGCCGGGCUCCAUCAUAGGACCCCAGCAGCACUUCUUGGAAGAAAAACAAGCAUCAUUAUGGGUCCAGGGAGACAUUUUCCGAUCCAAACUGAAAAAUAGACCGUCCAGUGAAGGAAGUAUUAAUAAAAUUCUUUCUAGCUUGGAUGACAUGUCUAUUGGUGGAAACUUAUCCAAAAUACAAAACACGGAGAGAUUUGGAGAGAAUAACUUGGAAGACGAUGAAGACGUGGAGAUGAAGAACAGCAUCACCCAAGGAGACAAACUGCGUGCCUUAAAGAGCCAGAGGCAGCCCCGCUCCUUGCCGUCCUGCGCGUUCAGGUUGGACGACGUUAAAGGGCACCCGAGGGCCAUGUCCCAGCCAUUCAGGUUGCCUUCUUCCCUGCAAGGGUCUUCAUCGGCUCCGAAGCCCUCAAAAGUGGCUUCGUCUCCUUCAGCGACGGCCAAGAGGAUAAACAGAGGCUCCCUGUCCUCGGGCGCCAGUAUAAGAAGCUUCUCCAUAAACUCCCGCCUGGCCAGCUCUCUCGGGAACUUGAACGCUGCCGCAGACGACCCGGACAACAGAAAGAUCCUGCCCUCCAAGAUGGCCUUCGUGGCCACCCCCUUCACCAACCUCCUCAAUGGCAGCUCCCAGGCGCCCGCCCGGAAUCACCCCGAGCUCAACAACAACCAGCACAGCCGGAGCGCCCCGAGCGGCCCGCUGGGCCCCCAGGGCGCCAAGACGGAGGAGCCGGGCGCGGUCAGCGUUGCCGCCGCCGUCCUCCGGCCACCCUACCCCGGCCUGUCCUCAUCCUCAGCCCGGUUCCUGAGCCGCUCCAUUCCCGUAAGUUUGCAGGCACCGCCUCUGGGCCCUCAGAACCCCGACCGCAGCUCCUGCACCUCGCGGUCCUCACCCCGGCUGCCGCCCAAGAAAUUCAACAGCACCAAGGAGGCCUUCUGA